UAUGUCAACUCGAAAUGGGAGGCAGUUGUUAGUUUACAGUGCAAAUCUCUUCAGAUCCAUUAGCCCAUCACAGGAAGAAAUGAUGAGCGGGUCUCAUUCAGAAAAACCGCGCAGAAGACAGACGGCACCAAUCAGAGCUGGAUGCGUUUCACACAAACGAUGCCAUAGAUCUCCAGCCGGCAGCGAAUAUGAUAUGAUGCCGAGGUCCUCUGGGGGACAGACACCGGUCCAUUAGUGCGCCUCGAUGUCUCGUUAGUGCUCCAGAUGUCCAGAAGGACCGCUCGCCGACGACGAGAAAGUGAAGCGCGAAGACGAUUCGUUUUCUUAUUUUUAAACGCAAAAUUCAGUCAAUCAGAUCAUGUUCGUUAAAAUCAAAUCUUUUAAAUGAUUAUAAAAUGAGAUGCAGCAUUACCGAGCAGUUAUCUGGUGCACUUGUCAUCAGCUGGGUGUUGUUUGAUGUCUCGCGCAUCAACGCCCCUGAGAUGUUGCCGCGCGACUGAUUUUCUCUACUCGAGGGGAGAAAUGCAAAGAGCAGGAAACUUUUAAACAUUUGACCUGUUUGUGAUAUGGACAUUAAUAUACUUUAUAAAACUACACGGAUUUAAAGGCGAAAGUAAGGCAUGCGUCUAUAUUAAAAGCAAAUUAACCGCUGAGGGACGCUUUCAGGAAGGCUCGUGCCCUAGAGUUCAGUCCGCACGUGAACUCACUCUCAGAUGUGACAGACCUGCACGAUGACCGAUGCCAUGGAUGAGUCCGAUAUAAUCCGCAGGCGGAGGAUGCAGAAGGAUCUUCCCCUGCCCAGGAAAAACAGUAGUUGUCGCACCAGUAAUCGGAAGAGUCUGAUCCUAACCAGCACAUCUCCUACCUUACCACGGCCUCAUUCUCCUCUACCAGGACACAUAGGAAGCAGCCCGUUGGACAGCCCCAGGACGUUCUCGCCCAGUGCGCCGGCUCACUUCUCCUUUGCGUCUUCCAGAAGGGCUGAUGGCAGGCGCUGGUCUUUGGCCUCUCUUCCUUCUUCCGGAUAUGGCACCAACACACCAAGCUCAACGUCUUCCAGUUCGUCUCAGGAGCGACUGCAUCAGUUACCCUUUCAGCCCACACUGGACGAACUGCACUUCCUGUCCAAACACUUCGGCAGCACAGAGAGCAUCACUGACGACGAUGGACGCAGGUCGCCGCAUGUCCGCCCGCGCUCUCGCAGUCUCAGUCCCGGGCGCUCACCUUCCUGCUACGACAAUGAGAUCGUUAUGAUGAACCAUGUAUAUAAGGAGCGCUUCCCUAAGGCCACGGCUCAGAUGGAGGAGCGCCUGGCUGAGUUCAUCGAGUCCUACUCACCCGAGAACGUGUUGCCGCUGGCCGACGGGGUCCUCAGUUUCAUCCACCACCAGAUUGCUGAGCUGUCCCGAAACUGCCUGACCAAAUCGCGCGAAGGCCUCAUCACCACUGUUUACUUCUAUGAGCUGCAGGAGAACCUGGAGAGACUUCUGCAUGAUGCUUAUGAGCGAUCAGAAAGUACAGAACUGACCUUCAUCACUGAGCUGGUGAAGAAACUCCUCAUCAUCAUCUCUCGUCCCGCCCGACUGCUUGAAUGCCUGGAGUUUAACCCUGAAGAAUUCUACCAUCUUUUGGAGGCGGCAGAGGACCACGCCAAAGAGGGGCAGCUAAUAAAAGCAGACAUCCCACGAUACAUUAUCAGUCAGCUCGGAUUGACCAGAGAUCCGUUGGAAGAUGUGGUGAAUUUGGAGAGUUAUGACAGCGAAGGACCACACACGCCUGAAACGGACGACUCUGCAGAAGGGAAGCUCAAAGCCAUGAAACCACCCUGUGAAUCAGACUUUCAGACUAUCAAACUCAUCAGCAAUGGAGCAUAUGGAGCUGUAUAUCUGGUCAGACACAGAGAUACGCGACAGCGCUUUGCCAUGAAGAAGAUCAACAAGCAGAACCUGAUCCUGAGGAACCAGAUCCAGCAGGCGUUUGUGGAGCGGGACAUCCUGACCUUCGCAGAGAAUCCCUUCGUGGUCAGCAUGUUCUGCUCAUUUGAGACACGCCGGCACCUGUGCAUGGUUAUGGAGUACGUAGAGGGGGGCGACUGUGCGACUCUUCUCAAGAACAUCGGAGCUCUGCCUGUGGAGAUGACCCGGAUGUAUUUUGCCGAGACGGUUUUGGCACUUGAAUACAUUCAUAAUUAUGGCAUCGUACAUCGGGAUCUUAAACCAGACAAUUUGUUGAUCACAUCGAUGGGUCACAUUAAGCUGACUGAUUUUGGCUUGUCAAAGAUGGGGCUCAUGAAUCUGACUACUAACCUGUAUGAGGGACGGAUCGAGAAAGAUGCCAGGGAGUUCCUGGACAAACAGGUUUGUGGCACACCUGAGUAUAUCGCCCCUGAAGUCAUUCUCAGGCAAGGCUAUGGAAAGCCAGUGGAUUGGUGGGCCAUGGGCAUCAUUCUCUACGAGUUCCUUGUAGGCUGUGUGCCGUUUUUCGGAGACACACCUGAGGAGCUUUUCGGCCAGGUGAUCACAGAUGAUAUCGAAUGGCCAGAUGGAGAUGAGGCGUUGCCUAGCGAUGCUCAAGGUCUGAUUUCCGCCUUGCUGCAGACCAACCCGCUUGUUCGACUGGGCACAGGUGGAGCGUUCGAAGUAAAACAGCACUCGUUUUUCUCCGGCUUGGACUGGAAUGGGUUACUCAGGCAGAAAGCCGAGUUCAUCCCUCAUCUGGAGUCCGAGGAGGACACCAGCUACUUUGACACACGGUCCGAGCGUUAUCGGCACAUCAACUCGUACGAUGAGGACGACACCAAUGACGAUGAGCCGGUCGAGAUACGACAGUUCUCCUCCUGCUCGCCACGUUUUAGCAAGGUGUAUAGCAGUAUGGAGCACCUGUCCCAGCUGGAGCAGAAGACCCCUGUAGUCACCCGUAGAGAGCACAAAGGUCGGCGUGAUGACAAAAUGGCCAAGAGGGAGAGUUUGGGCAGCUUCAGUAUGAGGGACAAGAGCUGGAGGACAAGCUCGCCCGAAAUGAAGCGCCUGUCAUGCUCUGAGUCUCUGUAUAUGGAGGGUGACUGCAGUCCUCCAAUGGGUGCCCGGCGACGUUUUUCAGCCCUCAUGGACACGCACCGGUUUGCUUCUCAAGAGGGCGAUGCAGAGCUUGUGGCGCGACUGUGGGGCACUAAGGCUUCUGGAUCAUCAGUAGAGGAAGCUACUGCUCCGUCAUCACCAAGUGCUAAUGAUCAGAGGAAUGCUGGGAAGGAAGUGAUGUCAACAAGUGGCAGUAAGGCGCCAGAUAAGCCAUCGAGACCAGGUGAGGUAUCAGAACCACAACCCAUACCUAAUGCAGGGGCCACAGCACCCAUCCCUAGGGAAACUGUAGCCUUGAGCGACCCAGUUGGUCAGCGAGCAACCAAGGAUCUGGUGCUUCGACGAGCGCGCCAUCAACAGCUGUCUGUUGAUGGGGAGAAACACACCUCACGUCCCAGCAACAAGGUCAUCAAAUCUGCAUCUGCAACAGCGCUGUCUGUCAUGAUACCUGGAGUUGAGCAGCAGUUGGGUAGCUCUCCGUUGGCCAGUCCUAUGUCCCCACGCUCUCUCUCCUCCAACCCCUCUUCACGAGACUCCUCCCCCAGCCGCGACUACUGCCCCACGGUCACGGUGCUUCGUUCACCUAUUACCAUUCACCGGUCUGGCAAGAAGUACGGUUUCACCCUCCGUGCUAUACGGGUCUACAUGGGAGACACCGAUGUCUAUAGUGUGCACCAUAUAGUCUGGCAUGUUGAGGAUGGAGGGCCUGCUCAGGAGGCGGGACUAUGUGCUGGUGACCUCAUCACUCAUGUCAACGGAGAAUCUGUGCAUGGAUUGGUCCAUACUGAGGUUGUAGAGCUUAUUCUUAAGAGUGGGAACAAGGUAACAGUGACCACCACACCCUUUGAGAACACCUCCAUACAACAGGGACCAGCACGCAAGUCUAGCUACAAGUCCAAGAUGGCCAGACGCAGUAAAAGGCCCAUCAAAGAGGGACAGGAGAGUAAGAGGCGCGGCUCUCUUUUCCGCAAGAUAACUAAACAGUCCAACCUGCUGCAUACGAGCCGUAGUCUGUCGUCUUUGAACAGGUCACUGUCAUCCAGUGAAAGUCUUCCUGGCUCUCCUACACACAGCCUGUCCACUCACUCACCCACCCAGAGUUACCGAUCAGCCUCUGACUCGUCCCACCUUGGUGCCUCCUCUCAGAGCAGCUCUCCUGCUUCCAGUACCCCAAAUUCUCCUGCUACCACCCAGCACAUGCGUCCCAGCUCCUUGCACGGACUUUCCCCCAAACUGCACAGGCAAUACCGUUCAGCCCGUUGCAAGUCUGCGGGAAACAUUCCUUUGUCUCCGUUAGCUCAUACACCAUCUCCCACUCAGUCUUCACCACCUCCGUUACCUGGCCACACAGUCGGAAGCUCCAACACCACCCAGACCUUUCCUGCCAAACUGCACUCCUCCCCACCGAUCAUAAGGCCUCGACCUAAAAGCGCUGAGCCGCCGCGUUCACCGCUACUCAAAAGAGUGCAGUCGGCGGAGAAGCUCGGAUCACCUCUUUCAUCUUCUUCAUCAGAAAAAAAAGGGGGAAUCGGGGUGAUGAGGAAGCACAGUUUGGAGAUCGGACAUUCCGAUUAUCGCAAGGAUGGAUUCCACUGUGAGCUGGGAUUGCAGAGUCUGAUGGAAAUUGAGGGCGAGAAUUUGCCAUCCGCCCCAGUGACUUCUCCUUCGCCCACCCAGCAGACCCCCUCUCCACCUGAAACGGGCGUCCUGAAGCCGGUCAGGAAGUUGGGCAGGCAGGAGUCACCCUUGAGUAGAGAUGCUUUGCUUGCUGGAAGGGAAAGAGAAAGAAAUAAGGAGAGGAUGAGUGAACUGAGCCAGACUAGUGAUACUAAACCAGGGGUGGUCAAAGAGACAAUCCUUCCAGGUAGCUUUACACCACCUGGAAGCCAGAAUUUAUCUCUACAGGAAGUUAGCCUAGCUAAACCCCAGACUGGGCAGCCUCCAUUCACCAAAUCUUCCCCAACGGCAUCAGAGUACAAGCCUAGUAUGGUUACCUCUAUUCCAUCACCUCUGACUACAGUGUCUUCCCCCUUUGCCAAAACUACAGGUCCAAGUAUAAUCAAAGAAACAGGAACUGAUGCAGGUAAGACUACCCAUAACCAGCAAGUAGGAACCACCAAGCCUUUAUCUUCUGGAAGCACAUCAGAUGUCAUCAGCAAAGACUCUUCCGAGACACAAGAGCGAGAAGCGAAACAGGAAGUUUUUUUAAACAAACAAGGCAUACCAUGUUCUGCUCCUGGCAAGACAGUAGGCACAGAGAUAACCAAAGCAGGUAAAGGACUUUGUGAUGUUGAGAGUCUAAAAAAAAGUGCUUUAGAUCCCCAUACGAGAACUUCAGAUGUAAGGGUGAGAACUCCAUCUAAAGGGGUUAUUUCACCCCACCCACCCCAGGCACAAUGCUCUGCCUUGGGCAAACUUAGGCAAGAAAAGAGCCUGCCUCCGGUCAGCUGCUACCGUGCAACAUUCGAUUGGGAGGACAAAUGUCUUUUGGAGGUCGUCGAGGAACACUCUCCAUCUCCGACUCCAUCUCCAACUGGAAUGCCUCCGGAUCUUCCCAAAUCUCAACCUCAGUCCCCUGGUGAUAAAUCUGGUUUGGCCACACUGGUGAAAUCUACAGGUGAAACCCAGGCCAUAGAUGCCUUCAAAUCAUUGGAUGUGACCCAAGCUUGUGCACCGGGAAAGACAGAGGCCGCUUCUGGGAGUAGAUCAAGCACCAACGGGGUUGAUCAAAGCCUUCCUAGCACUUCAUUGCAUGUGAAGACAGCCAGUACUCCUAAGAAUGGCUCUUGAUCUUGUACUGGUAGGGAAUAUAAAUGCCUUCUUUUUUGAGAAUUCGGUGUACUUCAAAAGCACUUAAAUAUUAAAGGACAUCCUAGACAAGUGACUUAAACCAUAUUGCGCAGAACAAAAAGAAACUUACCGCAAGGUUCUUUUCAAGGCUGUUAUUUAUUGUACAUUCAGAGCUCCUGAUAGGUGUAUUAUUUAAGAGUGUGUGUUGAAUGUGUGUGUGUAAGAGAAACUGAAUAGUUGCAUGCUCUGUGGUGCUUGUGCAACAAGAUGAAAAAAGUCAAGAGCAAAGUGCUUUAACAGAUCAAACAAUCCUGAAUACUGUGGACACCAAAAUAAUAUUCCUCCGUUUUCUGAUGUGACCAACUAUGAUUUCUGUAAACAAUCGAUUAAAACGGAUAGGUGGACUCUUGGCCAAGAUUGAAAACAUCAGACAAGCUGUUGCCCUCUAAUGCGGCUUUUGCAUAGGACGCAGUGCACGCUGCACUCGCCGCUGGGUUCAGCACAGCCAAGCGAUUUGUGCUCUGCUGGCCAGACCAAAGUAGGCGGGGUUUUCAAUAAAUUACUACAGUGUUUAUAUUUGGAUUUAAUAGUGGAUGAGGAAUACAGAGACUGAUGUUGCCCGUCUCCAUUUUACGUAACUUUAAGCUGCCUACCUACAACGAGUUACUUGAGUUAAAACACACCUGACAUGCCAACUUGAAUUGCUACGUGUUUCCAUGACACGGCUUUCCUUCCGAUGUCUCUGUAGGAGUAUAAACUUGUAUUAUAAAGCUCCGAGUAUUCCGAGUAUAAGCUUUUCGUCCAUUUUGUUUGGAUGACCCGUUUCUAUUGGCCACGCGGGUAAUCGUCACAGAGCGCAACGCAAAAGUUAAACUAUUUUGAACUUUGACUGCGGCGCUCGCGCAAGUUGCGCUCCGCUGAGCACGCGUUUUUCUCGACACAACAACAAACCGCCCUCCAGCGGCACAAGCCAUUGAAAUGAAUGGGUUUCAUAGCGCAGCGCACACCACGUCCAAUGUGAAAGCCACAUAAGAAAUUCUGGGUUAUUUUCAAAAUAAUGCUGUUUUUUAAACAGCCCAGCAAUUUGUGUUGAAACAACCUAGUAUAGGUAAAAUUCCAACCCAAUGGGUUGGGUUUGUUUCUGUUUGACCUAACACCGCUUGGGUUGAAAAUAACCCAGCAUUUUUUUCGACUGUAGAUGUG